AUGCAGGUUGCCCGACUGCCCAAAUGCCGCAAUUCACGCUCAGUCCCAACCCAGGUAAUUUACGGCCUCGGCGAUCCCCUCGAUAUUCCAAGUUUAGAGGAGCCUGUUCAGCGUAGCAACAAUUUGCUCAAGUUCCUGGUUUGCCUUGGCAAUCGCCGUAUCGAACGAUUGCACAUCCUGCUGGAUCGCGGCGCGGGCGGAGCCGCUCCAGCCGUCGACGGUGGAUCUGACACGGCUAUCGUAGCUUCUCUGAAGGUUCCGGAGCUGGCUGAUUGUGCUUUGUGUUUGGGCCCUGAGGGCAGCAGCCUCGGCCGCGUUGAAUUUGACGGUGGCUCGCUCGUCGAGUGUGGAAUCCGGCACGGCUACGGCACCAGCGGCCAGUGCGGUAGCGAAAACGGCGAAAAGACAAGAGACCUUCAUUCUGAGAUUCGUUUUUUUGAGGCCAAUAUAGAUGUAAAGGUGCUUGAGACGUUUCAGGUAGCUCGUGCUUCUCUUUCGCGAGUGAAGAUGGAGGAGAAGGGCAUCGUGGAGUUGACGAGCUUAAAUACGCCGCUUUCACCAAGCAUAUACCUUGAAAUCUAA